AUGGAUUGGAGUAUAUGUGCUCUGUGUCAGCGUGAUGGGCAGAAUCUCGUUGUACCAUCUGCAAAUUUAAAUCGAGACGUUUGUGGAUAUUCUGCAUUAGCAAGGAACAUAGAUGCUUUUAUUAACGAGGGUCUACCACUACCAAGCAAGAUCACCAUUGCUUUAACAGAUCUGAAAGGUGAUACAAAUGUUGCAGAUAACAUGAAAGAAAAUAAAGCCCAGUGGCAUAAGCGAUGCAUGUCAGAAUUGGCACCUUCAAAGCUUAAGCGUGCUUUAGAAUCCGCUGCCAAUAAAAAGCAUAAAAUUGAAACACUACCUGUCAAUGCACUAUCUAAAAGAACACGUUCUAGCCUGGAUGCAAAGACACAAUUACAAUCUUGUCUGUGCUUAUUUUGCAAUGAACCAGGUGUAUUCACAACAGAAUAUAUAAAGUUGAAACACCCUCAUGCUCGGCAGAAACGAAUGUGUAAAGUUAAUACUGAUAACUGCGAUUACUUGAUUACUUUGUUAGAAAGGCUGCCGCUGAGAUGGGAGAUUCGUUGCUACUAGCUAAGCUAUCUGAGGGUAACUUAUUUGCAAGAGAUGCUUGCUACCACCAUCAAUGUUUCACAGAAUUCAGAAACAGAUAUCGGACAUUUCUGACACCCGAAAAUCCCGACACUGCUAGGAUGAAAGACAUUGAAAACUCUGUACUAUCUGAAACAUUGAUGUAUAUUGAAGAAAAUCUUGCAACGAGUACAGACACUGACGUAGCGACAUUGAUAAAAUUGUCUGACAUAAGAAAGUUUUAUGACCACAGUUUAGCAAGGUUGACUGGCAAGGAAAGUAAUGUGAAUGUUACACGGCUUAAAGAUAAGAUUCUCUAA